GAGUGAAAAACGGAAGUGAAAAGUGGAAACUGGAAAUUAGUCAGUGACCAUACAUUUUAUUGAAAAUGGCUGGGAAUUUCUGGCAAAGUUCACAUUAUCAACAAUGGAUAUUGGACAAACAAGAUCUAGUCAGAGAGCGUCAGUUAGAUUUACAAAUCUUAAGUGAAGAGGAAUAUCAAAAAAUAGGAAUAUUCUUUUCAAAUUUUAUCCAAAUUUUAGGAGAACAACUGAAACUUAAACAGCAAGUGAUAGCUACGGCAACAGUUUAUUUUAAAAGAUUUUAUGCUAGAAAUUCUCUCAAAUCUAUCGAUCCUUUGUUAUUGUCUCCAACAUGUGUUUUCUUAGCAUCAAAAGUUGAAGAAUUUGGUGUAAUAUCAAACAGCCGUUUAAUAACUACUUGCCAGACUGUUUUGAAAAAUAAAUUGAAUUAUGCAUAUACCCAAGAAUUUCCUUAUCGUACUAAUCAUAUAUUAGAAUGUGAAUUUUAUUUAUUGGAAAAUUUGGACUGUUGUUUGAUUGUAUUUCAACCUUACCGUCCAUUGCUUCAAUUGGUUCAAGAUAUUGGACAACAUGAGGAUCAAUUAUUGGCAUUAGCAUGGAGAGUAGUGAAUGAUAGUCUUAGAACUGAUUUGUCAUUGUUAUAUCCACCAUAUCAAAUAGCUAUAGGAUGUUUACAAAUUGCAUGUGUUAUUAUGCAAAAGGAUCUCAAAUCAUGGUUUGCAGAGCUAAAUGUGGACAUAGACAAAAUACAAGAAAUAUCUAGAUAUAUAAUCAACCUAUUUGAGUUAUGGAAAUCUUAUGAUGAGAAAAAAGAUAUUCAAGGCUUACUAAAUAAAAUGCCUAAACCUAAAUUACAGCCAACUCGAUAAUAGUUCUUAUCAACAAAUUUUUUACUUUUGUAUACAUUCAAAUUCAAACUAAUUUAUAUAUUUACUUCAAUAUAAAUAGUUAAUUAUUACUAGUUAACAUUUAAUAGUUUGUUUAAUUUUUAGUAUUUUUUAAUUUAACUUGGUAAUUUGGUUUUUGUCGAAAAUGAAAUAGAAAUGUCAUAUUUAGUAGUAUGUACAUAUGUAUAUAUAUAUAUAUAUGUAUAUUAUUACUAAAUGUUGUUAUAUUUAGUCCAUAACGUGUGUUCCUUUUGAAAUACUUGAAUUAAGAUAAUUAUAUUUGUGAUUAAAAAUAAAAAUGUCACUAUUUACCAUAAAUAAUAACCAAUAUUUUCUUUGUAAGUAGUUGUUUUAAUUUAAUAUUAUGUAACUUUAAAACUUUAACCAAAUUUGUUUGUAAAUAAAACAUUUAAGGAUUAAUAAUAGAAAGAAAGUUAAUUCUGUUA